UAGUGUCAGACAAUAGUUAUUGGGUAUGAUUUGAUUGAUCAACAAGAAUGAAUCAUUCAUUUCAUUUUAGUAAUUUAAUUUAGGUACCGUACCGACCGAGGUACCUAUCUAAAACACUAGAUUACAAAUUGGACAUCUAAAAGAAAUUAGAUAAAAAAUAAUAAUUCCUUAGAUACGGUACAACUUAUUAUUUUGGUAAUAAUUUAUCAAGUUCUUGCGUCAUGAAUUUCUUCAGGAAAGAACCUACUGUGAAAGAACAACAGCGACAAAAUGACAGGGAAUUACGUAAAGCUGGUAGAGAUUUGGAUAGGGAUAAGGCUGCCUUAGAGAGGGAGGAAAAGAAACUAGAAAUGGAAAUUAAGAAAAUGGCAAAAGAAGGAAACAACGAGGGAUGCAAAAUUUUGGCAAAACAGUUAGUCCAGUUACGUAAACAGAAGAAUAGAAUAUAUGCUGCAAAUAGCAAGAUAUCCAGUGUACAGAUACAGAACAAAUCGAUGGGCGCCAACAUAGCCAUAGCGAACGCCAUGGGCACCACAGCCAAAACAAUGGGCAACAUGAACAAGGUCAUGAACCCGCACCAAAUUGCUAAGGACAUGGAGGCGUUUAGACAGGCAAACGCCAAGAUGGAUAUGACUGAUGAAAUGAUUUCUGAAACACUGGACGACAUCAUGGGUGAGUCUGGCGACGAGGAGGAGACCGAGGGCGUGGUGAACCAGGUGCUGGACGAGAUCGGUAUCGAGAUCAGUGGCAAGAUGUCGGAGGCGCCGUCCGUAUCGCGCGGCAAGCUGGGCGCCGCCAGCGUGGACGAGGACAAGGAGCUGAUGGCGCAGCUCGCACGACUCAAGUCGUAAUCACUUACUACAGUUAUUUUCUGACUAACGUAGUGUUGGAACCCUAUGCCGGCUAUACGUUAUCGCGAAAUUUUGUACAUUGCUGGUUUUACUUUACGGUAAAUAAAAGCUUGAUACAAACUUCGCAAUGUUCAUGGAUUCGAGUCUGCAUCCGUCUUGAAUUCGGAGAUGUGUGUACCGACAUAAGAUCUACGUUACGUUUUUGACGAUAGUGUGAGUACCGGGUAAUCACUAAUGUACCUACUGUUAUUUUUUAACUUACUUUUUGCGUCCAUUAUUGGACGUCAGCUUAUUGAAGUUAUUAUUUACUAUACAUUAUAAUUAUAAAUAAGGAACAUCUUUUGUUCUAGGCGUAUCUAUUACUCCUAUUAUUUCCAAUAUUGUAACACGGGAACCUGUUAUUGUCAUCUAGGUAUUAAUGUUUUUAUAAUAUUGUAUACACCGUCCAUUUAUCGAUACUUUUUUUUUCGUCUAGUAUGUGUGUCACUGCUGGGCAAAGAACUCCUUGGUGCAGUAUACUAUGUUGAUACUAAUCAAAACUGUUUUAAAACUAUUCUGAAACGACGGAUAGUAUUAAAGAAAUCUGUGUGUUUCGCUAGAGGAAAUCUAACCCGUCGAGCGCGGAGAAUUGAGUCACAUUAGAUAAACAAUUGUUAUGUGGUAAC